AUGGCACCAUUAGCGACGCACCAGUCCGAGCUGGACUUCCUCCAGACGCAGCUGUCUGCGCUGGCGAGCGAAGGCGAUCGAUUAACGUCCUCCUUCACGUACGGUCAGGAAGCCACCACGAAAUUGCCGGAUCCUCCGCUAGCCUCGCAAUUCGUUCGGCAGCAAGCGCAUCGCGUACGAGCGUCGGAACGUCAUUUGCUGCACUUGACCGAACAGAUUCUACAGUAUCGUCGUAAGGUCGUCGAUGACGACCAGGACGACACCGAUCGUCCACAACCAAUGACUCUAACGGAACUCGCACACGUCGUACGAUCUAUACACCACCUAGAAACCCAACAAAUUGCUCGUUUGGAGGAGCUGUGGGCACACCUCGACAAAGAUGCACAACAAGGUUCGACACCGCUUCCGUCACCGAAUAAUCCUAUCGAAGACCCAUCAACGUCGUAUCCCUGGUCCAUGAAGGGUCCAUUGGAUGCAGUGGAGGAAACCGACAACGAAACGGACCGCACGGCUCGAUCUUCCCGUUCGUCGGGUUUCGGUUCGGCACAAUCACGUCGAUACCGUACGGAUUCGCUCCGGACUCCAUCCACGCCUUCCGGACACUCCGUACGACUAUCCACCAGUACCACCAAAACACUCGAACGUCGAGGCUUGCUCCGCCAUUCAACGGGUACGCAACCGGAACGGCCGUCACCGGCAUCGCGACCUAAUCCACUGUUUCAGCAAGCGUUUGCGGCGUUGGAACACAAACUGGCGACAGAAUUACACCAAAUCAACGGCAAGGUGACUCCACACGUACAGUCCGUCGAGACUGACACCACCACCAACACCAACAAAGGCUUCGACUACAACUAUAACAAGGAGAACAACGCCGUUUCCGACACGGACGAAGAAAAAUCCAUGCUCGACGGCUCGUUGGACGAGACGGAACCUUUACCUCCACACUCAGAUCCAACCACACAAAGCAUCUCGUCGGCCAGUGAAUCAUCGGAUAUCUUUGACGAUGACGACGAUGAUCACGGCACAUACGAUGACUCGGCCAUGUACUGUCCAACCCUGGUGGCUCCACCGCAUCGUAGUCUGACGCGCGCCGUCGGUACAACACCCCAGACCGCAGGAGACGCACACGACGUGACGCACAUCGAGGUUGACGUAACAGCGUCGCCUUCCAAUACCAAUCUCACCAUGGACGUCACCACUCUCUAUGACGAAGACGAGCUUUUGGACCACUCGGCUACUUCGGACCACCUUUUGGACGCCAGCUUUGCAUCGACUGAGACGCCCAUCCUGGACCGAUAUCGCUUGGAUCCGGACGAUGAGUUCCCGAACGGAUUUAAGGUUGUUCCCAAUCGCCGAGGCCAGCACCAUCGCAAGCGCAGCGUUGGAUCGUCCGAAACGCCCAUACUGGACCGGUAUCGCUUGGAUCCGGACGACGAGUCCCCGAACGGAUUCCGGGUCGUCCCCAAUCGUCGAGGCCAGCACCACUGCGGUAAAGGUCACGACGCGAGUCGAAAAUCCCUGCGCAACGAAGGAAACCACGCGGCCGAGGAAAGUCCUACCGUCUCGACACGGCGUGGUUCCUCCCGACGGGCGUACCGAAAGACUCCGUUUCCCACACAGAAGAGAACACCAUUGGAGCCACUUAUUGACGAGAAUGAAGUGCUAGAAAGCGACAAUGAUGCUUCGUUCGACAAGCCACAAUUCCCAGAGGGGGCGGGGAUGACUCCCCGGCGUCCCUCAAUGAAUCUGUCUAGUAGCAUGAGACGCUGGAGUUCCUCUCCGGCCACGGAAUAUCCAGCCAGUGGCUACGGGAGUGGUCGUGCUUCGCUACCAACGUCACUGUUGUACGCCACCGCACAACUUUCGACACCCCGACCGCCGCCGUUGGCGACUCGGACCCAAUCUACGAUUCCGCCGUUGCGUCCGAAAGCGUCAUUAUCGGAACACCAGUCGUCCCGUUCUGCCUAUCUUAUACCACCGAUUGGCGACGCGGAAUAUAACGAGGCUCCACGCGUUGUUCGCAUGCAAGUUGCCUUAAACGACGUACAACUUGCUGUGUCGGCGUUGAACGAGGUCUUGGCGGUGGCACAAUCGCGGUCGCCAAAAAGUGUGCGAUACAUCCGAGAGGAAGAAGCGAAAUCGAUUUUGGAACCGUUGGGUUUAGAUGGGCGCAAAAGCAAGAGUAUUCUGAUGAGCCUAUGUCAUUGGAGACGGUUGGUAAUGCAUCGGGAGGAGCACGGAAUUGUGUUUACAAUUUUUCGGGUGGUCUGCUCCUUUCAAAUUUGCGCCAAAUACUACUGGUUCGCUGGCUGGAUUUCACUGCUCCCAACUAUUGGCACUGACAGUGAUCCGCCGCACCCUCGCCUUUGGAGUGCCAACCUUGUGGCUUGGUACUGCGGCUGUGCUAGGCUAUUGCUCAUGACGGACGCUCCUUGCUCUUCCGCGAGAGAGCAGUCGAUCCCGUCAUCAGCUACCAAGCCGGCUACGAAUGCGGGUGCGGGUUUAGUGCAGCAACUGUUGUUUCCAGGCUUUACCGAUGCCGGUUCCGACGACACCUUCCAAGCACCGUCGCCGUCAUCGUUACCCUCCGACGGAAAUCUGGAGCCUACUAAUCCCUCAGAAGUAACCGUCGUAUCCGAAGAAGCUCCGACCGAAAUACACGAAAAUUUGACCCGGAAUCAAUCCCGUGCUGGUGAAUCGUCUAGGUUGGUGUCGACCAACGCCGUCCGCUUGCCCCGAUCCAUCGAUACCCCGACGACGACAACAAUGGACACUAUGGUAUCCCACUUUCCUCCCUUUUUCGCCACCACCAAGCCGUCCCGCCCGACUACCACUCUCGCCUGCACGUCUCCAUCGGAUCCUGUAUCCCCGCCCCGAGUGCCCCGGGUGGGGGUCCCGGCGACGCUCACGAGCUCCAUCGUGGUGGGCACCGGACUGAGCAAUCCCGUGGAGACGGCGGACCACAGUUUGGCCGAUGAUGAUGACGACGACGACCACAGUAUCGAUAGCGACGACAGUGACGAUCUUCAACGGAAGGAAACGAAUGAUACGGAAAACGUUUUUGGGGACGAUACAGCGACAAUCGAUGCCACCGUGACACGGCCACUCAAUAUUCCACUUGAUGAAGCCAUGCAACAACGAGCGCUGCAUGGCCUCGACUACCCCAUUGAUAACCACGAUCACUGGGAAGAAGAAGCCAAUCCAUCCCAAACGGACUUUGGAAAACAGCUCAUGUUUCAACGAAAUAUGGAAACGUCGUCGGAUGUCUUGUCGACCGCCUCCGAAAUGGGUACCGUCAUUGGAAUAGAGCGCAUGCACGACAUUGAAGCCAUGGAAGCCCCAUCAAUGGAGAGGCCCGAAACCAAGACUCCCAAGGUGGUUGCGGCACAAUCACCCCGGAUUUACUCAUCUUCUCCGGAUGACGAGCUCUACUUAGAGAAGAUAUGGGAUGCGGAUGCGUUGAACCUUCCCAUGUUGGACCCCGCCCAACGUACGUUCCCUCAAAAGCCCGCGGGGUGCGCUCGCGGCGAAGUUUACAAUUUUGACAAUUCUCAGGUCCGGAAAUUGGACAAAGCCUCGACUAUAUUGUCGUCCGCUAUUCGGAGAAUCGGAUCCGGCCUGACGGGUGCCAGUGGUCACGGUCCCAAGCAUUCGGCUUCGGCACCGUCUACUCCACGUACCUUGGCUGUCCGUCGCGGAUACCCUUUUUCGUCGCCCCACACGGCUUGCGAAAUAUCGCCGUCCAAAACCCCGUCCUCCUUUCUCUUGCGCUCCCCGGGAUCGUUGGCACACCUUGCAGCGCACUCUCACUCCCGACGAAAAAGCCGCCAAGACCCGUCGCCGCGCGCCGCCUCCGGCUUCUUUUGGGAACGACCGAGACCGACCAACCGGGGAGGUGAAUCCCAGCUUCCGGAACGUCGGGUGCGGAUCAUGAGUGAUUAUAGUCCGCCCGUGAACGCGGACACUUCCUUGGAACUCCAGACUCCGCAGCGUAUCAAAUUGGAACGUGAAGACGCUCUCGACAUUCUGACAUGUUUGGUGGAGAGAGGAGUCGCUUUCAACGAGCCAUUCCAGCCGUCUCCGACAAAGAUUAAUAACGGAAACGCCCGAGAUUUCUUGAUCGAACGAAAACCUGUCCAGCGAUUUGAGUCGGCCGAUAUUGACCAAGUGAUAAGGCACCUCAAGCAGCUCAGCGAGAGAGACAGAGACGCUGAUGGAGAAAAAGGGGAGAUUGAACAUGCACACAUGGACGUUCUGGAAGAACUUGUACGCUCGCACGAAUACGCAUUGGAAAUGAAUCGAGCGUCACAGUCGGCAGCGUCUUGGCUAAAAUCAAUUGGACGUUCCCAGCCAGACACUCGCGAAGAGGAGGGCAAACACAGCUCGAGCAACAGCGAUGUAGAUGACAAAAACUUCGAUCGUGUGACAUCUAAGGAAAACCAUUCUGCUGGUGAAGGCGCUGCCGAAUGUAUGGACUUUGUGACUACGAAAGCAAUGCUGAAUUCGGCACGAAUGAAACUUAAGGAAAAAGCCAUAUAUGCGGAUCGUUUGAACGAAGAGCUGGCCAAAUGCAGAGCAGAGAUCGGUCGGCUUAAAAGCGCUUCUCAUUCCAUUUCUUUUCGGUCGCCGAACCGUAGCAUUCUGGACCAGAGCGAAGAUGUUUCGGUCGAAGAGGAAGAAGCUGAGGAGGCAAUCGAACGGUCUACCGAGUCCGGAUUUCCCCUCGACAAGACGGAUGAUUAUUUGAAUUUCGAUACAUCUUUUCUUCAACAUACUGCAGAUUCUCCUUUGCUCUUGGAAGAGCAGAGCGAGCUAAACAAAUACAAAACCGCCCUUGAAAAAGCCAAUGAGCAGAUACGAAUACUUUAUGAAGAUUUGCAGAGCGGGUCUGAAGUACGCGGCAUGGCUAAAACGAAAGCACCAAUUGUUGUAGUAGAGUCACCGCCCUCUUCACCUCGCAAGGUCGAAAGCCCAAGCAACAAAGAGGAGCGUAUGGUGAAUGUGCGAAUGCUAGACGCGGAAAACUUUGUUACGGAAUGGGACGGUAUUACACCACCGCUACCCCCUCCACCAGAUCACGAUCAUCAGGUCCGAGACGGCUUUGUCAUGCACGUCCUUCCAUUAUUACUGCGGCGAGCUGACAUUCGGGUCGAUGUCAAGACGCGGACACACCGUCGAACAACGUACGAUUUGGCGAUAGCCGUGGAGAGUUUAUCACCUUCCGGCUUUGACGCUACUCACUUAGACCUUAACCGACACCUGGAGACGCGGUCGGCACGGUCGGAUGUUGGCUCGGCCAGCGUAGCGUGCAGUGCGGCCACGACAGCGAUCACAACUAACAUUCCUACGGCAGGAGUACGUCCCCAACUGUUGGCCUCGUCAUUGGGGCUGAAUACAAACAUUACUCCACGCAACAGCGAGCCCCGGGACAACAUAUCGUCGCGCUUGUCGUACGACGAAAUGUCUGAAAGUAUUUCCACAAGGGCACAACCAGGUCUCAUGAGCACCCUUGGCGGAGCCUUGGGGGGCUUGCUGACACGCCGUAAGUCUACCCCCGGGUCGACAUUAUACUCGACGCAGCCUUUUCCGCGCGGACCGGGCGACAGUAUUGCUGAAGGUGCGGUGGUAACGACCAUCCCCGAAGAAGGCUCCAACAACCUACAACAUGCUGAAGACGACAACGACGACGAGGAGGGACAACCAUAUCAUCGGUUAGUGUCGGCCCCAGCCGGUCGUAUCGGUGUGACCUUUGUUGACUUUCGAGGCCACGCGAUGGUGAGCGAUGUGGCCACGGACAGCCCCCUUGGAGGCUGGAUUUUUCCUUCCGAUAUUUUGAUUGCCAUCGACGAGUUGCCCGUUUCGGGAAUGCGUAUUCGCGACAUUAUCAAGAUUUUGAAGGACCGGCACAGCCGGCAGCGGGCGUUACGUGUCAUUAGUAGCCACACAAUGAACGAUGCCAUGUUGGCGAGCAACCUGUUGAACGACUCGGCCUCUGAUAUUCAUUGA